AUGGAGCGCUCAACGAUCGUCGGUGUACUUUUCCUUGCGCUGAUAGGUAUGGUCUCGGCCAAGCCUCCUGAGGGAUACCGAGCGAGUCUCGAUACUUACCACAAUCACAAUCACCUGCACCACCAGCAACAGCAGUCACAACCGCUCCGCCAAAAUCAUGCCCAGCACCACGGACUAGAGCAUGGACAGCUACCCGCCCAGCAGCCACUGCAGGAUUCUCGGGCAGCUCAGCUCGUGCCCCUGCACGAUGUGAACCGCGUCCGCGGAGUUUAUGUAAACGGGAAACCAGUCGUAGCCGGAGUUCCGCAAGCAGUCUCCCUGACUCCCGUCAAACAUCAACCCCAGGCUCAGGCAAAAGCUCCCUACGAUCUUCCCAUUCCUGCUGCGGAGUACUACGACGAAAUACCGCCUUACUCUGGCCCCCAAUCGGCUUACAUACCCACCGCCCCCUACCCAGCUUCUAUUUACGGACGGCCCCCCUUCUGGGUGCGUCUGCAACGAUGGAAUCCCUUCUCCAGGCUCUAUCGAACCACCUACACCGUUGGCGCGCCGGAAUAUAGUCCAGCUUACGGAUACGUUGUACCGCCUCUGAUGGUUCUACCCACACCGCCAAACUCGAAGAUCGAGCCGGUGUACUCACAACCUCUCAAUCAGCCUCCGACGCCUCAACGGAGAUAUUCCAUUUUCUAG